UAACCCUGUGCGUUUUAUUUUUUAUUUUUGCAAUUAUUAUUAUUUUACUUUUAUUCACUUUUAUUUUUGUGUGUGCGUGUGUGUGUGUGUGUUGAUGCACACGAAUGUAAAUAAAUAUCGCACGACUCAAGAAGAACGAACCGUUUUGGUUCCGGGUUCAUGUGUUAUGACGUAAGCGGAAGUAAGGGGUGAAAGUGCGGUGCACACAAUAAUACAGAAAUCAGUCUGUUUCCUUCUGUAAACAAUAACAGGAGUCUGUGAUUCAGGAGAGAGCAGCUCCAUCUGUCUCAGGGCUCUCUCUCGGAGACGGAGGAAGACGGAGACAGAGGGAGACAGAGGGAGACGGAGACAGAGGGAGACAGAGUGAGACAGAGAGAGACAGAGUGAGACAGAAAGAGACUAAGGAAGACUGAGGGAGACUGAGAUGUCUGGGAGUUUCUACUUCGUGAUGGUUGGUCACCAUGACAACCCGGUGUUUGAGAUGGAGUUUCUGCCUCCUGGGAAACCAGAAUCGAAGGAUGAUCAUCGCCACCUAAACCAGUUCAUUGCUCACGCUGCACUCGACCUGGUGGAUGAGAACAUGUGGCUCUCCAACAACAUGUACCUGAAAACCGUGGACAAGUUCAACGAGUGGUUCGUCUCAGCCUUCGUCUCCGCCGGUCAUAUGAGGUUCAUUAUGCUUCAUGACAUCCGGCAAGAAGACGGAAUCAAAAACUUCUUUAAUGAUGUUUAUGAUUUAUACAUCAAGUUUGCGAUGAACCCUUUCUACGAGGUGAACACUCCGAUUCGCUCCACAGCCUUCGAGCGUAAAGUGCAGUUUCUGGGGAAGAAGCAUCUCCUGAGCUGAGAGAUUAUACCUUCUUUAUAAAUAUAAUAUACAGUGUCCGUGUUUCAGCUCUUCACUUUACCUGCUCAUCAUUUCUGCUGUUCUGCUGAGGAUCAUCAGAAGGUCUUCGUUUUCCUGCACAAGACUUUAUUAUACCCUUAUAAUCUGUUUUUCUUUAUUUCUGUAGAAUGAAUACGUUUCUCACUAAUAAAAUUCACUCUGUAAAAGCA